GUACAUCCAUAUGUACAUCUAAAAGGUUCUAUUCAAUGUUAGUAAAACUGCAUAUUUCUGAAACCUUGGAGGAAAUAUACCGUCGCAUGAAAGCGCUAGUAGGGUAGGUACGCCUACAUGGUGCAGCUAGCAACAGUUCCCCUGGACAGGUACAGUACUUGCAGUACUGUAUGUACAUUUGGACCUCAGGCACAGGCCGAAACCUGCCGAAAACGUAAACGCCGCCUUUUUUCUCCCAAUACAACGCCGACUCCAACAUUGACGCGACUCCCUCCCUCUGCGCCUCACCCGGUUGCAUCAGCAAUACUCAAACAUAGCACAGCAUAAAUCAAGAAAUCUAUUGUUAUCUUACGGCAUCUUUUUCUUCCCCGACUUGCCCGCCGUCCUAUCGGCCGAGCUGUGUCUAUACUUGCAAAACCCUUACUUUUCCCCUCAAUUUCCGUAACAUGAACUAGGCCGCCUCUUCUCACACCAUUCCCCUGCGCGUAGCCGUCUCAGAACGCCAAAACGUCAUCAUGGCUAGCGCAAAUAGCAUCAAGGUCGUCGCCCGUUUUCGGCCGCAGAACAAGGUCGAGUUGGCAUCCGGCGGAGAGCCCAUUGUUUCUUUCGAUGGUCCCGACACAUGUGCCCUCAAUUCGGCAGAAGCUGCUGGUAGUUUCACGUUUGACCGCGUGUUUGAUAUGCAAGGCAAACAGGUUGAUAUAUUUGAUUACUCGAUCAAGCCCACCGUCGACGACAUCCUUAACGGUUACAAUGGAACAGUCUUUGCAUAUGGUCAGACGGGCGCAGGAAAAUCUUACACGAUGAUGGGAACGAGUAUAGAAGACGAGGAAGGAAAAGGUAUCACACCCCGCAUCGUGGAGCAAAUUUUCAGCAGUAUCAUGUCAAGUCCGCCGACUAUUGAAUAUACGGUUCGAGUCAGUUAUAUGGAAAUCUAUAUGGAGCGUAUCCGCGACUUGCUAGCGCCGCAGAAUGACAACCUGCCUGUUCACGAGGAGAAGAACCGUGGUGUCUACGUAAAAGGUCUUCUAGAGAUCUAUGUCUCGAGUGUAGAAGAGGUCUUUGAGGUUAUGAAGAGGGGUGGGAAUGCAAGAGCUGUCGCUGCCACUAACAUGAACCAAGAGUCCUCUCGCUCGCAUUCCAUUUUUGUUAUUACAAUAUCUCAGAAAAACCUCGAAACCGGUUCAAUGAAGAGCGGGCAGUUAUUCUUGGUCGACUUGGCUGGCAGCGAAAAGGUUGGCAAGACUGGUGCUAGCGGCCAGACUUUGGAGGAGGCGAAGAAGAUCAACAAGAGCUUGAGCGCCCUGGGAAUGGUCAUCAACGCACUUACCGACGGCAAAUCCUCACACAUUCCCUACCGAGAUUCCAAAUUAACGAGAAUUCUACAAGAGUCUCUUGGUGGAAAUAGCAGGACCACACUUAUCAUAAAUUGUUCACCAAGUAGCUACAACGAUGCUGAGACACUGAGUACCCUGCGGUUUGGUAUGAGAGCUAAAUCGAUUAAGAACAAGGCAAAGGUCAACGCCGAACUCAGUCCCGCCGAGCUUAAAGCUAUGCUCGCCAAGGCCAAAUCUAAUAUCACAACUUUUGAAACGUAUAUUUCAAAUCUCGAGGGGGAACUUCAACUAUGGCGCGGUGGCGAAACUGUCCCUAAGGAGCGAUGGGUGCAAGCAAUGUCAGCUGAUGGUGUUGUGAGCACACGGGCGGACACGAAAGCUCAUCGACCUUCGACUCCAUCUCGGUUAAUACCCGAAAGUCGUUCCGAAACGCCUGCAUUAACGGAACGUGCAGGAACUCCAAGUUUACCUUUAGAUAAGGACGAGAGAGAGGAGUUUCUCCGAAGAGAGAAUGAACUGCAAGAUCAAUUAGCAGAGAAGGAAUCAGCUGUUGCAACGGCCGAGAAGUCCCUCCAAGAAUCUAAGGAAGAACUAUCUUUCUUGAAGGAGCAUGACAGCAAGAUGGGCAAAGAGAACGAGCGGUUGACAACCGAGGUCAACGAGGCUAAAAUGCAGCUCGAGCGCCUCACUUUCGAAAGCAAGGAGGCCCAGAUUACGAUGGAUGCCUUGAAAGAGGCAAAUUCGGAACUAACCACAGAGCUGGAUGAGGUGAAACAACAGCUUCUGGAUAUUAAGAUGAGCGCUAAAGAGACAAGCGUCGUCUUGGACGAUAAGGAGAAGAAAAAGGCCGAGAAGAUGGCUAAGAUGAUGGCAGGGUUCGAUCUUGGUGGAGAAGCAUUCAGUGCUAAUGAGCAAUCAAUAACCAACGCUAUUCAACAAGUCGAGGCCCUCUACGAGCAAAGCUCAUCAGGAGACCCUAUUCCACCGGAUGAUCUACAAGAUCUGAAGGCUAAGUUGGUGGAGACUCAAGGUAUCGUACGACAAGCGGAGCUGUCCCUACAUAGCGGUGUCCCAGGUUUGGCCAACGGCAAGACGAUGCAGCAGCAAAUCGCCGAGUUCGACGUCAUGAAGAAGAGCCUCAUGCGAGAUUUGCAGAACAGGUGCGAGAGAGUCGUUGAACUAGAAAUUUCGCUUGAUGAGACUCGAGAGCAGUAUAAUAAUGUACUACGGUCGUCUAACAAUCGUGCCCAACAAAAGAAGAUGGCGUUCCUUGAGCGUAAUUUAGAGCAAUUGACUCAGGUUCAACGACAACUCGUCGAACAAAACAGCAGUCUAAAGAAGGAGGUAGCCAUAGCUGAAAGAAAACUCAUUGCAAGGAACGAGCGUAUCUCUAGUUUAGAGAGCUUGCUGCAAGAUAGUCAGGAGAAGUUAACCGCCGCCAAUCACCGAUUCGAAUCACAACUUACUGCGGUUAAGGAGCGUCUCGAGGCGGCUAAGGCUGGAUCAACUCGUGGCUUAAACUCGCCGUCUGGCGCUGGUGGAUUCAGUUUUGCUAACGCGGGCAGUCGCAUUGCGAAACCUCUCCGUGGUGGAGGUGGCGCUGGAGAUGCACCAGCCCAAGUUCCAACCAUCGCCAACCUACAAAACGAAGGCAAUGCCGGUAAGAGAAGCAGCUGGUUUUUCCAGAAGUAGAACGAGGCGGACGACGAACGAGGACGCUAUCGACUUAAGAGCUAAACGGGGCCGAACCACACGACACGACAGAAAAAGCCAGUAUCAAAAUCCUAGAUUGUUCAGGGUUUUCAAUCAUGUCUAAAGGGUAUAUAAGGAGCGUGGUUUUGUUCGACGAUAUGGAUAGAGGAUUAUACCCAAAAUCAACCUGGUUUUCCCCACCAUUCCGUUCUCCCUUGUGUUGAAGCUCGUCGGUUUUGAAGCGUCGGGCCUGAAACGCGAGAACACUAUUAUUGCCCCAUGCAUUGGAGUAUAGGAAAACUCGAGUGUGUCGUUUAGAUGGCCGAGUUUACAAUUGAUGGCGAAUUACAUCUACGGAACGUAAGUCUAAUAGGUAGAAGGAAGAUGAGUGUGACAAAACUGCGCACGGCUUAUGAGAAUAAGGACACGAUGUGAUAUGCUCUUGUAUGCAUACAUUGGAAUUGGUCGAGGGGAGUUUGCGUAUUACUUUACAAUCACGACUGUAUGUUUGCUUACUUGUGUAAGUAAUUAAGGUACAGCAAGGCUAUGCAAUAUUAAGAUAGAUACUCAACUUGGUAAACACAUUACCUGUCUGUGGGCGUUUGCCUGGGUCCAUAAUUGAAAGAGAUCUGUGACUUGGAUUAACCUAGAUGGCCUGCUUAGGUAAGCGUCGCGUACCCGGUAA